UGAGUCAUCUCUAAUCCCUGUGCUAAGUUUUAGUCCCUGUGUAACAGUGAUGUCCGGUAACGCGGAGCGGUUAGAGCGCGCGAGCGGGCCUGGGCACGGGGACAGACUGCGCGAGCCUGGGCUCGCGGACGGAGAGGCGUUGUUCGGGCCCCGUGAGCCGCUCCGCCCCCCGCGCAGCGCUCCACCGGGGGGGGCAACAACAAUAACAACAACAACAAUCAUACCGGGGGGGACAACAACAACAACACCGGCGGAGUGCUCCGCAGACAGCAGAAAUGUGUCUACGGUGUCGUACAUCUCGUCAGUCAGUGCAGCAGCAGUGAAACCUCAGGCUGGUCCGAGCGCGGUGUAUGAGUCCACACUGUCAGCACACGCCCCCGAGUUUGUCCCCUCCUACUACACACCUGUCCAGGAGUAUGUGUAUGAGGAGGACAGCUCUAACGGUUAUUACCCAGAGUUCUCUCUGGCGGACCUGGUACAGGACAUCCUCAGUCACCUGAACUCGUCCCCGGGGUCGUUUGAGACGGACAUCGGGGACAUCACGUCCACGCUCAACGACUGGGUGACCAGCGAGGACACGCUGCAGGAGCUGGUCGAGCUCAUCUUCACUCAGUCCACGUCGAUGCCUAACUUCACCUACACGGGCGCUCGACUCUGUAACUUCCUGUCUCAUCACCUCGCUCUGAGUCCCGCCAGCGGAAACUUCCGGCAGCUCCUUCUCAAACGGUGUCGGACUGAGUUUGAACAGAGACAGCAGGCCCUGAAGGGUGAUGAUGAGACUCAGAAGAGGUUUCACACUUACGUUCUGUUCCUGGGAGAACUCUACCUAAACCUCGAGGUGAAGAGUGUGAAGGGCACAGUGUCUCGGGCGGAGAUCCUCCUGGUUGCUCUCAAGGACCUGAUGGACACACUGCUCUCUCAGCCCAGUGACAGGAGCCUCAUGUGUACCGUCAAACUGCUGAAACUGACAGGUUCGGUUCUGGAGGACGCCUGGAAGCAGAGCGGAAAAUCCCACAUGGACGAUCUGAUCCAGAAAAUCAAGAGCAUCUUACUGGACGCCGAGUGCAGCCGUGAUGUGAGACAGAUGGUGUUGAAUCUGGUGGAGCUGAGGUCUAGUAACUGGGGCAGAGUUCAUGCAGCAGCAGCGUACAGUGAGGCCACGCCCGACACCGACCCCAACUACUACAUGAAUGAGCCGACCUUCUACACUGCAGACGGAACUCCAUUUACAGCCGCUGACCCAGAUUACUCGGAAAAGUACCAGGACAUUUUGGAGCGUGAGGAUUACUUCCCGGACUUCUACGAUGAGAACGGAAAUGAAUCUGAGGAGGACGAGAUGGAGCCGGAGAUCGAGGAGGCGUUUGAGAAGUUCUGUCUGGAGACGGAGAGAAAGAAACCCUAAAGACUUUGAAGUGCUGAAGCGUCUGCUGUGGCCAUCGCCUGGAAAAUCCACACCACGUCUCACCUUCUUAUUUUAGAUUAUUACGCAUGAAGAGCUCGGGGGCUUCAGACUCCUCCUCCUGUCUGGAGUUCCUCUGGGGCUCGAGGGCGAGCGGCUCCUGAUUUGACUUUGUUUUUUGUGUGUUUGGGUUUGUGGAAGAGACGCGAGCGGUUUGCAGUGAGGUUUUAUUUCUUCAGCGAGACACGUCUAACUGGACGCGGGUUUGAUGGUACAGAAGAGUUUAUAAUGAAGCAGGUUUUCAGUGUUUAUUGUGUUCGUUGUUUUUUUUUCAUGCGGUUCAUUUUGAGCCUUUUUAAGAGUUUUACAGAUUUUGAUGUCCUGCUCUGAGAUUCAGUCUCCGUGAAGGGUGGAUUCAAGAGGUGUGUGACUUUCAGCACUACACACACACACAGAGGAAUGUUUAUUUUAUUAAAGUAUUGUAAAUAUAAUUUACUGCAUCGUUGGCCUGCAAUAAACCUUUAUAACAGCUCUGA